UGAUACGUUGCUACGUUACAACCAUAUACACCUUCUGUCACAUAGAACACAGGAAAUUCAGAUAAGUCUAAGAAACAUUAUUGAAUCGUAACAAGUAGAUUGACGUGUUUGAGCAAUGUUUCUAUAACGGGGAAAGUGUCAAAAAAUGGACAGUCGGAGAAACUUGACGUCUAACGUUAUACUUGUAGAAAUUAAACUUUUGUAAAAUUGCACGUCUGUUUAUAUAAAAUAUUAAUUUUUCUAUGCAUUUAGUUGAAAUUACGAAACCGCUUUUUUGCAAAUUUUCAAACACAAACGCUACACAGGGUGACUAAUAGCAGCAUUCGAACUUUAUGCACUUGCCAUGUCGUCAGAAAUUUUGUUAUUGACCAAGUCGAUCUGAUAGAAAUCCGACAUUUAUUCCAGAGGGAAUUAACCCUAACGGUUCACAAUUUAAAAUAUUAUAAAGGGGAGAAAGAAUAGCUCCGAGAAAAAUAAUUUCAGGGUACCGUUCUAGGCUUAAAAUUCGAUAUUCUUCAGAAUGGUAAAUUUUACGGUUAUACCCUGCUUUACGUAAUGCAUACGUUUUUACCAAAUUCUCGAUAUACGAUUCUCGUGUAUAGUGAGGGGGAAAAAAGAACUUUAAAAUUUCAAUUAAAAUGCAGAUACAAGUAGCAUGACAACUAUUUCUUAAUUGAGUGAUAAAGUCGACUUAAUGGACGAUCAAAUACAAAAUUACGGGUCACAUAAAAUUAUGUAUAUAAUAAACAUUUUUUAUAUAAUAAACACAUAUAAAUAAACAUUUUUCUUAUAUUUUCACUAAUUAACUUUUCAACUUUAUAUCACGUAUUAAUCUUUAUUACUACUUUGUUUAUGAUGCUUGAAUAACCUUAUCGAUAAGAGCACUCGCCAGAAGAAUAGGAAUUCAGAUGUAUGAAUUUGCAUAGUGUAUCAAUAUAACAUGACUGCAUAUAUAGGUAUAUAGAACACGUGUUUGUAGGUUCACGUAUAUAUUGAAAGUCCGAACUGUCCAGCCAGGCAUUGUACAUUUAGUUAUCUUUCUAGUUGAAUGCAGUUGCUGUCAUUAUUUGUCCGACAUUUCGUAAAGUCAGUUCGAAGCAAAGAUAUUUCAUACUGCAGAGCGAUUUAUUAAUUUCAGCAGCUAACAAAAAGUCAUCAUGUCGAAGCUCUUAAAUUUCUAUUCAAUAAUCUUUCUCCAUUUUGCACCAAGGCUGCGAGGUGCAGCAAUUCACAGUGAGCAAUCCGGAAAUCAUAAAACUCAUAUCGAUAAGUUGCCCAUGUAUUCUUACAAAAACCCUGAAGAAUGGAAAGUCUAUAAUUCAAAUUGCAACGGCCAGAGACAAUCUCCCGUAAACAUCCUCAGCGCCAACAUGGCGCUUAUAGAAACAGCCAAUCCGCUGACUUGGAAAGGAUACCGCGAGCAACCGUUAAAUAUGUCUCUCGAAAAUAACGGCCAUGCAGUGGAAAUCAAGGUUCAAUGGGAACACAAUCCACCGUAUAUUACUGGAGGCGCAGCUGGGGAUUCCGUCUACGUCUUUGACAGCAUGCACUUUCAUUGGGCACAUCAUGACGAAGUAGGAAGCGAGCACACGGUCAAUAAUUACAGUUUUCCUAUUGAAAUGCACCUAGUGCACCACAAUAAUCGUUACCAGUCUUUCGAAGAAGCGCGGGAAAACUUCGACGGUCUCCUCGUGGUUGCAUUUUUCUACGAGUUAAACGAAGAAUCAAAUUAUGCCUUGGAUUCCCUUCGGGAAGGUUUGAAGGCAAUAACGGAAACUGGAAGUCACGUAAAUAUCAAACCUUUUCCUCUAGAAAGAUUUCACUUGGAAUUUCACGACAAGUACACUGCUUAUCUGGGAUCACUGACAACUCCGCCGUGUCAGGAGUCGGUACUUUGGAUAUUGGCCUCGGAGCCAUUGAGUUUGACUCGUAAACAGAUUGAAUUGUUCAGAACCAUUCACCUGAGUAACAAGGAUGACCAUAAUAACAGACCUACGCAACCUCUUAACAAUCGUAGGAUCUUCUACUUCUCGGACACGGAGUAGACAUUUGCAUAAACGAAAAUAUGGGACAUAGUUACGAGGAUCAGGCAGAUGACGUCAUCGCUGAUUAUACUGUGAAUAAAGAAAAUGAACGGCUCUUAAUAGAUUCUAUGUAUAUGUAUAGACCCACUGUAUAUGUUCUAUAUGCUACGCCCUUGGUGGAUCCUUUGUAUAGAAAUGAGCUAUGGUAGAUCAAUAUGGAAUUUUAACUUUAAAUCGUAUAAGAUAAGAAAAAUCUUUCUGCAGUUUGAAUAUUAAUUUUUAAGAAAUUAUAUGCAACGUUAAUUUCUAAUGCUAAUAAUAAUCUGCGAAAUUCACAUGA